GGGGAGCGAGCAGGAAGCGGUGACGCCACUUUGGAGAAGUCCCCUUCAGGUUGGGUCCUGGACAGAGCGCAGCGAAGACCGAGCCGAGAAAGAAAGACAUCCCGGAACAGCCCGCUGUCUGGCCCGCAUUCUCCGACCGUUCCAGCUCAGACCAGCACCGAAGCAUGUCCCUGUAUCCAUCCCUCGAGGACCUGAAGGUCGACAAGGUGAUCAAGGCCCAGGCCCAGUACGUCCAGAGCACCAGCUCCAGCACCAUGCCGGCCAUCGCCGAGGGGACCUACCAGCCCCAGUUCUCCACCGCCGCCGCCGCCGCCGGGAUGCCGGCCUCCAGCUUGUACCCAAACCUGGAGGAGCUGGGAGACUACAUGGGUCUGGCGCUCAACAGCGACGAAGUCCAGAGGAACCUGUCCCUGGUGCCCGCCGCUGAAAACCAGGUGGCGCUGCCCUCCGCCUCCGGGGUGGGCGCCAUGGUGCGGCCGGUGACGGGCGCGGACAUCGGCAUCCGGCGGGCGGAGAUCCGCCCGGGGCUGCGGGAGAUCAUCCUGUGUAAGGACCAGGACGGGAAGGUGGGACUGCGGCUGCGCUCCAUCGACAACGGAGUGUUUAUCCAGCUGGUCCAGGCCAACUCCCCCGCCGCCCUGGCCGGCCUGCGCUUCGGGGACCAGGUCCUGCAGAUCAACGGGCAGAACUGCGCCGGGUGGAGCGUGGACAAGGCCCACAAGGCCCUGAAGGCCGCGGCCGAGACCCGCAUCGAGCUGGUGGUCCGGGACAGACCCUUCCAGCGCACCGUCACCAUGCACAAAGACAGCUCGGGCCACGUGGGCUUCAUCUACAAAUCAGGAAGAAUCACCUCGCUGGUCAAAGACGGCUCGGCGGCGCGGAACGGGCUGCUGACCGAGCACUACAUCUGUGAAAUCAACGGACAGAACGUGAUCGGGCUGAAGGACUCGCAGAUCAAGGACAUCCUGAGCACGUCCCCCACCGCCAUGACCAUCACCAUCAUGCCCAAGUUCAUCUACGAACACAUGAUCAAGAGGAUGUCCAGCGGCCUGCUGCGCUCCUCCAUGGACCACUCCGUCCCCGAGGUGUGAGGACAGGAGGACUGUAGACGGUCUCCACGGCGACCAUACAGACCGCCCUCUCUCUUCAUCCCUCCUUCACAAUCAUCAUCGUCAUAAUCUCAAGCUGCCUUUUUUUUUCUAUUCUUCUUCCUGUCCUCGCUCUCCUCUCAGUUUGUACUUUUUCUAUGUUAACCUCGUAGUCUGACCUUUUGUAUCGGAGUCACGGACGGCGCUGAGUUUGCUUUUUUUUUUGUUUUUUCUUCACCUGAAUUCAUGAGUCCAGAGCUUCCUCCUCAGUGUGGAGACGAAGAGUCAGCCAUGGUUCACCCGUUUCAAAAUGCUGUAGAGUCCCUACAUUGGCAGUGUGGCUCUGCCCCCCCCCCCCCCCCGCAGCAGAGCCGGCGGCGGGGCUCGAUCCCAGUGUACAGUCCCGGUCCCGGGCCAGUGGACCCCGCCCCGCUUUUAUCUCUGUUUUUAUUUGAUGUGUGAAAACGUGGUGAUCGUUGGUGUCAGUGUCUCAGCCCCCCCACCCCACCCCCCCCCCCCCCCCCACCCCACUUCCCCCCCUAAAGAGCGAAACGAAAAGAGAAAUGUAGCGGCUCCUCCUGCAGGGGGCGACGUGAACACAGCAGCACAUUCCAGGAGGGGGAGGCGCAGCAGGGGGCGCUCUACUCUUCUCUGCUCUGUCAGUGUGCUUUGUUUGGGGGGGGGGGCGGGGUCUGUCGGGAGGGGUCUGUGCCGGCAGACCCACUAAGUGCACUUUCCAUUACCGGGCCAGAGGUCCAGCUCCAGUUUGCUUUUUCCAGAGUUCUGAAGAUCAGCGGCGAAUCAGAUUUGCUAAAAUGAGCCAAUUUAAAAACACAUUUCUUGCUGCAGUGGUACUGAAGCGCAGGGCGUGGUCCCUCCGGGGGGUGUGGGGGGGAAAAUAGUAAUAAUCGGAGAGUUAAAGUAGAAUUGCUUUUAUUAAAAUACAUUUUUAUUCCUAAGCUAACUGUAGAUGUGAUAUUAAACUCCGAGACAUUUCAAAUUAAAAGCCUCCUAACAGGCACUGCUGUCUCUGUCCCCCUGCAGCUGAUUCUGUCUGUAGAUCAGACUGGGGGGUCUGAGGGGUCCAGGUCUGGGAGGGGGCUGGUUGUCCCACCACCCGGGACGGGUUCAGCAGCAGAAUUAUCUCCUCCGUUUGACAUUUCAGGCCCUUUCGGUUCAGUGGGCUGGUUUUUGCUGAUGGCGUCGCUGAUCCGGCCCUGGUGUUUGUGGAGCCUCGUGGUUCCAGAGAAGUCAUUUCAAGAAACCUGCUGGGACCUGGAGCCGGGCGGCGGUCUUCAGUGUCCCCUGCUGUCCUCUGACCCCUGACCCCCCCGCUCCCCGCCCCCCCUCCCUGACUGAUGAGCAAAGCUCACCGUUUCUACUUGUUAUAUAAAGUUCCUUCUUUUAAUGCUGUUCAACUUCGGAUGCAUGUAUUCCUUUAAUUUUCUAGGUAUGCAAUCUGAUAAAACAUGGCUGUCAGUCUGUACAAAAAUACUAGAGGAGUCUCAAAGUUUAUAUACAAAUGUAACCAAGAUAAUAUUGUAAAACAAAUUAAAGUCUUUCUGUUCACA